AUGUUCUUAUUAUUUAUUUUAUUAAAUAUUUUCUAUCGUAUUUGUUUCUCUUUAACAAUUUCACAACAUUCUCAUCAUCGAAUUCAUCACAUAUCCGUAUAUGAAAAUUCACCACCAAAACUAUUAAUUCAAUUACCAUCAUCAUUAACCGAUUAUCAAUUAAUUGAAUCUUCUCGUUAUACCGAUUACUUUCAAAUUCAAAAUAAAAAUGAAUUACAUCUAAUACAAACAAUAGAUCGAGAAUUAUUUUGUCGUGUAAAAAAAUUUUGUUCUUGUUAUAAACAAUGUGAUGUUCAAUUACGUUUACAUAAUCAUGCUCACCGAUCAGACGUUAUUCUUAUUAAUUUGACUAUUAUCGAUUUAAAUGAUAAUCCACAUAGAUUUUUAAAAAAUAUUUAUGAAAUAAAAAUUCCUGAAGAUAUAUCUAUUGGUCAUUGCUAUCGUUUACCAUCUGUACAAGAUGAUGAUUUAAAUCAACAAUUUGACUAUGAGUUACAAGGAAAUGGUUCAAAUCAAUUUUCAAUUGAACAAUCACAAUCACAAUCGAGUGAAGUAUGUUUACAAAUACGUACACAAUUAGAUCGUGAACAAUGCAGUAAAUAUGAAUUGUUGCUAAUAGUAAAAGAUCGAGAUCAACAACAUGCAAAUGCUGAAAUGUUAAUUCGUAUUCAAAUAUUAGAUAUUAAUGACAAUUCACCACAGUUUAAAACAAAUUCAAUGACUUUAAACGUGAAUGAAACAUUUGUAGGUGAAUUAAUGUGUGUGCAAGCUGAUGAUCCAGAUGAAGGUAACAACGGCAGAGUAAUGUACAGUUUUGAACGUUCCGAUUCAUCAAAAUUAUCAUCAUUUCUCGUCAUUCAUAAUCUUACCGGUUGUAUUCAAGCUUUACAACCACUCUCUUUAACAUCACCCGAUCUCAUGUCAUUUUUAAUCGACGAUAAUCAACUUCAACUUCUUGUUAAAGCACAAGAUUUAGGUUCACUUAUGAGUUCAACAAUUCCUGCCUAUUUAACAAUUUUACUCAUCAUUCAUGACGUCAAUGAUAAUAUGCCAACAAUUGAAUUUCGUCAAAAUAGACGACUAGGCACAGAACAAGGCUUAGUCGCAGAAAUUGUACAAAACAAUUCGGAAAUACAUUUAAUGGAAAAUGUAAAUGAUACAUCUGUAUUAGCAAUAGUGACAGUCGAUGAUAAAGACAAGGGAAGUGGAGGUGAUAUACAAUUAGAUAUGGAAAUUAAAUCAAUAUCAAGUAAACAUCGAAAUGCAUUUAAACUUAAACAAGUUAGAAAGAACUAUUAUAAGAUUGAAAUUAUUAAUGUAUUAGAUCGUGAAUUAGAAUUGACUUUUUUACUUCAAUUAAAAGCACAUGAUUUAGCAUUACCCUAUCAUGUUACAUAUUUUCUUAUAACAAUUGUCAUUGACGAUGAUAAUGAUAAUCCUCCAAAUUUUCUUCAUGAAACCUAUCAUUUUGUCACCAAUAUUAAAUCAUCACCUCAACAAACAAUUAUUGGUCAAGUACAUGCAACAGAUAAUGAUGUGGGUAAAAAUGCUCUGAUUUCCUAUGAUAUUAGUAAACAAGAAUUUCCAAAUUUAUUCCGAAUUCAUCCCUAUAAUGGUCAGUUGUAUUUGAAUGAUCAAAUUCCAAAGAAUCUAACAGAUAAAUCAACAGAUAUAACUGUACGAGCUACCGAUGUUAAAUAUUCGACUGAAAUAAGAGCCAAAAUAUUGAUUGAAGGUGAAAAUCAUCCGCCACGAUUUAAACAAGAAAACUAUACAUUUGUAACUGAUGAAAACAAACAAAUUAGAACAGUAGUGGGUAACGUACAAGCAUAUGAUAUUGAUAAAGGUCGCCGUGGUGAAUAUUCUUAUACUUUACAGUCUCUGACACCUUAUUCAGAAUUUUAUUUUCUUGUAUUGAGUAGUGGUGAUAUAUUAAUUACACGCGAUAUAGACUACGAGAGUCAACGUCAACAUUUGUUUAUUAUUACUGUUCGAGAUCACGGUACACCCUCGUUACAGAGUGAUACGUAUCUACAAAUAAAUAUUAAAGAUGUCAAUGAAUAUUGUCCAAAAUUAUUAAAUUUAACUAACGAUGAAUAUCUAUAUUUUAAUAGAAAUCGACUAAAAACAUUUCCGUUCAAAUUAAACGCCUUUGAUCAAGAUGCAUCUGAUCAAUACAAUAUUACAUUUACACAAGUACAAUCUUCAUCCGCCUAUUUUCAAUUAGAUUCUACUGGUAUUCUUUCUCUAUCAUCAUCUUUACCUACUCCUCCUCCUAUUGGUGUCUAUGAAAUCCACUAUAUUCUCUCCGACACAUUUCAUGUACCAUGUAUGAAACAUGAUAUUCUGCUAUUAAUUAUUGGUGAUGGUCAUAAUGAUCGUGACUAUCUUUUAGAUGAUUAUCGUUUGAAUCUAAAACAUCGUCAACAACAAAGUCAAUCGUUAUUAAUAGCUAAAAAACGUCAGAACGAUAUUAUGUUUAUUGCAAUUACGUUUUGUAUUUGUAUAACAUUUGUGACAAUAUGCGUAUUUUUGGGAAUUGUAUGUUGUAAAAAAAGAGCACAUCACCAUCAGCAGCAGCAGAUAGUAGGAUUUUUAAAACCGUAUACAAAUGAAUACUGUAAUGGAAACAGUUACAAUAAUAAAUCUCCGAUUAUUAAGUGA